AAAAUGUUUAAUCCUUCAGGUCCUAAAGAUAAGCCCUUAUGCAUGGAAUUUUAGAAAGAUAUUUGCAUGAAACUUUAAUGUCCUUUAGAACAUAAAUAUUGGCCAUGUCCUGAUUAUGACAAAGGAUUUUGUUAUUUGGGAUCUUCAUGUGAUAAGUUAAAUUUGUAUCAAAACUUUUAGAAAACACAUAGUAAGGAAAUUAUGUAUGGAUUAUGUAUAUGGAUUUUGUAAGGAUGGACCUGAAUGCAAAAUGUAACAUGUCAAAUUAUUCGACUUGAAUGAUAGAACAUAAGAACUCAAAUUUACAGAGAAAUUUUAUUCUAAAUUAAAACAAGAACAGGUUACAUUCAAAUAAAGUGAAAUAAAUGUUAAACCAGUUAUUUGCAAAUCUUGUUAGGAAGUUGGACAUAAAUCAAAUGUUUGCAAGAAAACUUUGAGAUUAAGUCCAACUAGAAAAAUUUUAUGUGGUAUAUGUGAAACUGAACAUACAAUCUUUGAACAAGGCAAAAAGUAAGAUUGUUAAUACAAAAUCUCUCAGUCACAAUAUUAAUAAUAAUUAUUAUUUUAACAAUAAUCUUAAGAAUAAUGA